AUGGCGUUUGGAAAACUGUCUGUCUUUUUCUUGUACCUUAUUCUUUUGAGUGCAGUUCUUGAAUCGCUUGAUGGAGGAUAUUUCCACUCAUUUUCAAGAGUAAGCAACCAGUUUUCAGCAAAGCUUUACAACAAGAUUCGCACGAUUCCCUCGACGUCGAAUAUAUUUUUCUCCCCGCUCAGUAUCUCUGCUGCACUGGGGAUGCUGGAACUGGGAGCACGAGGGAAUACGAAAGUUCAGAUGGAUGUCGCCUUGGAGAUAGAGAAUAUUACCAAUAUUCAAAUAAACAUAAGUCACGUUCUUGCAGAUACGAACGGCGUCACCAACAGUUUCACUCUCCGUUUUACUAAUAGAUUGUUUGGAGAUCAAGGCUUCUCUUUAAAUACCAGCUACAUUGAUGACAGUCUUGCGUACUAUGGAGCGCCACUGGGACGUUGUGAUUUUGUUAAUUUUCCGGAAGAAUCAAGGGAUGAGAUCAACAAAUGGGUUAAAGAGCAAACGGAAGACAAAAUCAAAGAUCUUCUUGAACCGGGCGAUAUCACCCCCUCUACCAUUCUUGCUCUAGUAAGUGCUGUGUAUUUUAAGGGGAAAUGGGAAUCCCACUUUGACCAGAUGCAGACAAAAAAACGUCCUUUCUACACUGCUAAUCCUCGCCCCACGUUAGUAGAUAUGAUGACACAGACUGGACUGUUCAGGCAUAUUUACAACGAAAAAUGGCAGGCCUCCAUGAUAGAAAUUCCAUACUACGGAACUGCUAGAAUGCUCAUCAUACUGCCCGACCAGCAUGAUGGACUCAGCCAUUUUGAAUCUCAGUUUACCGGUGAAGAAAUACACAGGCUUUUCCAUUCUAUGCAGGAAUCGACGCAUUCUAUCUCCACAGUUUCCAUCCCACGGUUUGUAUUAAAAAACAUGCGCAUUGAUCUUAAAGAACCACUCAAGAGUCUUGGGAUGACCGACCUGUUCUCGUCCAACGCUGACCUGUCAGGUAUAGGAGGAACCCCUGGUGAACUUCAGUUGUCAAAGGUAGGAUUGCAGAUGGUACUGAUGAUUUAUAGAAAAUUUUCACAUUUGAAUUUGAAUCGAGCCAUCUCUUAA